AUGGCUUUGGUUCCUACAAAAGACAAGUAUAAGAUCAAGAGACAGCUGUUGGAAAAGAAGGCACUGCUGGUUGAGGACACGGUUCUUGGUGAGCACAAGACGCUUGGCAUUUCAAACUUGCACAUGAAAAUAUUUAUGAAGACAAUGGUUUCUUACGGAUAUGUUGAGAAGAUAUAUGUGUGGAGACACUCGUAUUUCUUCUUGACACCUCUUGGAGAGGAGAAGCUCAGGGGAGAACUGGUUUUUACCGAGGAGAGCAUUCCUGCACAUGAGACUGUUGCAGCAGCAUGA